UGCUAUUCUCUUAUUGGAGAAGAUAUACAGCCAGGAUUUCAUCUUGAGAUUGGGCUUCGCCUGAUGCGGUAUCUACCUGCCGAAGAACUCGAUGACAACUUAUUUUGUGUCGUGCGACAAAUGCAAUUAGGUGUAAACCUACUUCAAGCUCAGGACCAAGAAACGAAAUACAAAGUUGCCAUUCUAUUCGUCAGAGCAGCAGAAAAAGCCACCGUGAGUUUCUCAUUUAGAGAAGCUCACGAUUAUCUGAGUGCCGCACACAGCCUUUUAGGUCCUAGUCAUUGGAUCGACGCAUAUAAAUUAAGUCUUUCACUGUAUAACAAUUUGGCUGAGACCGAAUUCAUUCUUCAUGACGGUGAUCGUGUCGAUAGUCUCUUGUCGGAUAUCGAUAAAUUCGGUCGAAAUCUCUCAGAUAAACUGAGGGCAUACACUACAAUGGUUCAUGUAUUGGGGGUUCGAGGCCAGAAAAUUGCGGCGAUUGAUAAGGGGAUUUCGAUCCUAGCUGACUUAAAUGUUCAUUUGCCAAGACACCGAAGUGCAGCCAAGUUUGUCUUGUCCCUCGCAAAAAUCGAGCGAGGACUGAAGCGAAAAACGAAUGAAAUGCUUUUGCGAUUGCCCCGCAUGGAAGAUGAAAAGCAAUCAAGGGCGAUGAAAAUACUGAACUUGCUAUUUGUUUAUAGCUUCGAGUAUUGCCCAGACCUAUUUCCCUAUGUUGUSUUCAAAAUGAUGAAAAUAACCCUAACGCAAGGAUUGAGUGCCAUGUCUUCAGUGGCAUUUGCAGGGUACGGUGCCUUGCUCUGUUUAUUGGGGAAAGUGGAUCAUGGACAAAGGUACGGGGACCUUGCCCUAGAUAUCACGAAUCGAUAUUCUACUAUUUUGUUCAACUCUCGUUGCAUCGCAAUGGUCUAUGGCAUCAUCAGACCUUCUAUCGCGCCAUUUCAGUAUUCUUUCGAAAUCCUGCGAGAAGGCCAUCGUGUGGGUCUAUUAUCUGGGGAUAUUGACUGCGCAAUGCUUAAUGCACAUUUGCAAUUUGGUUUAAUGAUGGUUAUGACCGACGGCAUUAAAGUGGUAGAUAUCAUAGGAAGUAUGAAGAAAUUGAUCGAUCUGACUGAAAGAAAUGGUCAUGCUCAUCACGUAAGUUACGCUAGAAGAUGUGCUUGAGGUGCUUUCUUCUCUCUUGCAUUUCCGCACUUAACUGAACUCUCUUUUCUUAAUUGUGAAAUCAGUUAAGACUACUUUACAACCUCAUAUCAUUUCUGGAAAUUGGCUCAAAUCCAGACGAAGAUCUGUUGAAUUGUCUCACUCCAAUUGAAGAUGGAUUGAAAUAUGCGUUGGACACUCGAAGUGCUUUUGCUCUUACAACUAUGUGCAACUUGAAGAGUUUCUUUUUGCUAAUGGCUGGACAAUUCCAACUUGGUUUGGACGCGACCGCUUUCAGCAAGACCGUAUUGAAUAGUAUCACCAUGAAAACGGAUCAAUCCAUUCUAAAUGGGUUUCUCCUUUACGUGCAAGGACUUUUAACUUUUGGAGCAGCGCGACAGCAAACGAACCAAACGAUCCGGAAUAAAUUGAUCCGUCGUGGAAAGAGAACAGUGAAUGUUAUGAAAGUUUUUACAUCGAAAAAUCCAACAAGGUUCGGUGGUCAACUCGCCCUUUUAGAAGCAGAGUUUGCAGCACUUUCACACAAUUACACUCUGGCGAAACAAAAAUACACCGAGGCAAUUGAAUUCGCUGAUGCUCACGAACGGCUUGUCGAGGUUGGUCUUGCCAAUUUUUUCAAAGGUUUGCAUUUAUCUAACGACAUGAGAAAUCCAACAGAUGGUAUAGUGUAUUUUGAAAAUGCAAUCCGAAAUUACGAUGAAUUUGGAUUAUGUGUUGCGGGCAAAUAUUGUAGAGAGAUUGUGAACAAUAUGAAAGAGUAAAGAUACAACCAACCACUCUUUAGCGACGAUCGGCUACGUUUAGACAAAAGGUCAACU